AUGUCAAAGUCCAGAGAUUUUGACCCUGAAGAAAUCCCAAAUUUCCCACCGAGCGACAGCGAUGCGCCUUCAGACGACGAAAGCUUAGACGAAGAAGAGGGAGGGCGAGAGCACUAUGUGGAUGUUGGCAAGAGCAAACUUCGCAAGAAACCCGAAGGCGUCCCACUAGGACCGCAGUAUAAAGGCUCAAAAGUCAGUCGAGAUAUUGCGCUAGAUGAGGACAGCGACGAUCCUUUUUCAAAAGAAGUUGGUUGGGAAAGCAGUGAAGAUGAAGAAGAGAAGGAGGAGGGAGAGGGGGGUAUCGCUGUUCCUACAAAUGGUGUAACGCAUCACUCAAGUGGCAGCGACGGAAGUGAGAAUGCCGACGAAGAGGGCGAAUUCUCUGACGAAGAUGAAGAUGAAGGCCCCGAGCAAGAGAAGGUCCGUUUUGGUGGUGAUGACUUCGAAGGCUUUGAGAGCGAGGAUGACGACGAGGACGAUGCGGAUGGCUCAGACGAGCAAGACGACGCUAUCAGUCGUGCUGAACUACGGAAGAUCAUGAGCGAGGAGCAGAAGAGCAUCACGGCAACCGUUUCUCAAGCUGCGAAGACGGAUGCUGAAAAAGGAGAAGCUGUCAAAGCCCAACGGAAGACUUUCGAUUCUAUCUUGAACACCCGAAUACGACUACAGAAGGCUCUAAUAUCCUCAAACUCGCUUCCUUCCGCCAUAGACACCGAAGAUCUCAACAAAGGAGAAGACGCCGUACAAGCUGCAGAGAAUGCUGCACUAGCUUUGCUCAACACCCUCUCCGGGCUGCGGUCCAGUCUCAAUGCUGCCCAGGCUGGGACAAAACGCAAACGAGCCGAUUCCUUUAUCCUCGAAACCUCGUCUUUCGAGAUAUGGAAGUCCAUCAAGGCCUCCGAGUCUAGCAACAUGCAAAAUCGUCGCACUGUUCUAGAGAAAUGGUCCGCAAAGUCUCGCCCAGCCCCCAUUGUACCUCAAACUCGCCGCCUCAACAGCAGCGCCGUAUCAGAACAGACCAUUACCGACGUCCUAAAUACGCAUAUGUCAGAUUCGGCUCGUCUAGUCAAACGAACACGCAUUCCAAGGUCUUGUGCGCCCGUUCAGGUUGCGGCUGGUGUCGCCGAAUCAGCUGAGAUUUACGACGAUGCGGAUUUCUACGGCCUCCUCUUGAAAGAACUGCUCGAGCAACGCUCGGAAGAUGUCUCGAUGCAGAUCAAUGGAACUGGCUAUGUGGCUCAAGCUCCUUGGCAGGCGGUGCGUGAUGCAAAGACGAAGCGUAUCGUGGACACCAAAGCUAGCAAGGGAAGGAAAUUGCGGUACACAGUUCAUGAGAAGUUACAGAAUUACAUGGCACCAGAGGAUCGCAAUACAUGGGGCGAAAGGCAGACCGACGAGCUGUUUGGUAGUCUCUUCGGAAGGAAGACAGAAUUGGCCGAAGAUGCGGAGCAAAAGGAUGAAGAGAUGAGUGACGAUGAAGAUGCCGCCGAACAAGGCCUGUUACUGUUUAGAAGUUGA